UGUAUGUCAAAAUGAUAUUCACAUGCUGCCAGCUUACAGACAAUUGUCAGAUGUCCAGGAGGAGAUGGUAUGGGAACUAGGCACUUUAAACCUUGGUCCUGUCAAAGCUUUCCAUAUAAUGAGGAAAUGUUAUGGUGGUUUUGAGAACGUUGGUGCCACGGUGGAUGAUUGCAAAAAUUUUAGGAAGCGAAUUAAUAGCUAUAUAGGAGAAUAUGAUGCUGAUAUGGUGAUUAAUAGGAUGACUGACAAAAAACAGUAUUUAGCUGAUUAUUCGUUUGAAUAUUCUGUUGAUGAUGGCAAACGGUUAACUGGUUUGUUCUGGGCUGAUGGUUUAUGCAAGCUUAACUAUAUGGAAUUUGGGGAUGUGAUAUCGUUCGAUGCAACUUUCAAGACAAACAGGUACAAGAUGGUGUUUGUUCCGUUCACUGGCAUUGACAACCACUAUCGAAAUGUAACAGUCUCAGCUGGGUUGUUGGCAUCAGAGAGUAUUGAAUCAUAUAAAUGGCUUCUGAAUUCAUUUUUAAAGUCAUUUGGUCGGCAGCCAAAUGUUGUAGUGACGGAUCAAGACCCUGCUAUGAAACAGGCUAUUGAGGAGGCUGAUAUGAAAAGCAUUUAUUGUUAUAGGUUGGACACGAGUUGUGCAAUAAUGAUGAGUUUAAAAGGAGGAUGUGCAACAUUGUUUGGACUAAUUCGAUUGAGCCCAAAGAAUUCGAGAGACGGUGGAAGUUGGUGA